AUGUUUUCCAAUAUUUUUCCCGGUGUAAUUUCAUUAUUUGGGCUACUUGAAACUAGCAGACCACUGCAAGGCUCCGGUCGUACCAAUUUCAGAAACCGAUUCAGCUGUGACUGCCGAUUGGACUGGGUCUACAUCCUUUACCAAAAAACCGCACAAGCGCAUAUUCGCAAGUCACUAGAAGAGCUUAAUUGUUCUUUCCAGUCAGAUAGAAUACCUGCGAAAGAAUCUACAGAACAUUUGGUUUGUCCACCAAAAUCAGACGAUUAUACAUACCAAAAACAAACCAACGAAGUAAGCAACAUUACAAACGACAUCCAUACGCACAAAAUCAACUUACUGUCAAUGCCAGUAAAGAAAUUACCUUGUCCUCCUGAGUACAGACCUACUCCGAUCACCGUCAAACAAGGACAUCCGCAGGGUAGUGAAAUCUCCAGUAAUUGUGGUGUAUAUUUUAAAUCUUUGCACGUGAUAUAUAUUGGUGUUUUUGUCUUUCUUGUAUAA